GUAUAUACUAUCGACUAAUAAAAAUUUAUCUUUAUUUUAAUUUUUUACUAAUAUAUACAUAAAACACUGUCAUGCAAAAUAUUUAAAAUAUGAAAUAUUUUCAUUGUACGUAUGCACACUUUGUGCACGUAUUGAAUCAGUGCGACUGUCACGUAAUAAAACGUCAGAAUAAUGUGUACUAUACGUGUAGUAAGUGUAGAUUAUAUAUAUACAUCAUGCUUAAAAAAUAAAUUUUCUUUAGAAUGAACGAUAAUUACGAACAAUUGACUGUCAAAGAUGUAACUAGUUAUGUUGCAUCCUUAACAAUAAUAUUUGGUGGUAUCAUACCAUAUAUACCACAGUAUAGAGAAAUCAAAAGAAAAAGAGAUGCAGAAGGAUUUUCUUUAUACGUUUGUUUGACAUUAUUGAUUGCAAACACUCUUCGCAUUUUAUUUUGGUUUGGUAAGCAUUAUGAAACACCUCUUUUAAUUCAAAGUAUUAUAAUGAUCAUUACAAUGUUUACUAUGAUCAAACUUUCUGUCAAUGUACAUAAUAGAAGUCAAAUAAUUAAGAUAAAAGAACGAGUAUUUACAGAUUUGGAAACAAAGUUUUUUUGGAAAUGGACAGAUUUCCAAUCUUACUUGGAUUUUAUGCUGCUGUUUGCUAUCAUAGGUGGAAUAUUAAUGUAUUGGUUUAUAGAUAUACCCAUAUUUGUAGAAACUGUAGGUUUCCUUGCAGUAUUAAUAGAGGCAAUGCUUGGAAUACCACAAUUUUUACGUAAUUUUUAUAAUAAAUCUACAAGUGGAAUGAGUAUAACAAUGGUUAGCAUGUGGACAUUAGGAGAUCUCUUUAAGACUUUUUAUUUUGUAUUACGAGAAGCUCCAAUUCAAUUUGAGGUAUGUGGUGCUCUUCAAAUUAUAAUAGAUAUUGCAAUACUGACACAAGUAUAUAUUUAUCAAAAGAAUACAUCAAUGCAUCCUCAAGUUAUUACACGAGCUGAUUAGUUAAUUAGAAAUAUAUUAUUAAUUAUGUUGAUUUUUAAAAACAAUUUACCAUAAUGAAACAAACUAUUUUUGUAAGUUUCUAUCAAAUUAUCUUGUAUAAACACAUUCUGUAAAUAUGAAAAUUAAUAUUACAAGGUCCAAAAAACAUAGUUGUGUGUGAACUUUUGACAAUCAUUUUAAUAUUGACUUAUUUAAUAGUAUUAUGUACUCAUUAAUCUUUUUGAAUAACAAAUUUGUAUAAAUUUA